UGUAUCAAUGGAGUAAAUGCAUUUUGACUUUUUAAAAAAAGGCUGACACGACACAGAGAAAAAAAAACUUUGGUUUCUCCGUCUUUGUUGGAGCAAUGCCUCUUCUCUCUCUCAAAUGAAUGCUCUUCAGAUGCUUUGUCCCUUGUUGUCCCAGAUUCGAAUUGCCCGACUUUCCUUUCAUGGCAUUCUCUAUCUCCAAUGAUCCUUCGUCUCUCCUUAGUCUCCAAACCCAACGAUCGAUCUUCGGUUACAAGGACAAAGUAAAGGACUUUGAGAAAACCCAGUUGAGGAUUCCCGCUUCUUUCAGAAGAAAAGCUGUCAACUUGCAAAUGAUGGCGUCUGGAAAGAUACCUGGACUGACUCAGGAAGCUAACGACUGCACUUAUGAAGCUACAAUCGAUACAGAAAAUAACACUGACGUAUUCAGCGACAUGAAACAGCGGUUCCGCGCCUUCAAAAAGCUAAAGUACAUGGAUAACUUAGAACACUUCAAAAAACUAGCAGAUGCUCAAGCACCAAAGUUUCUGGUGAUUGCUUGUGCAGACUCUAGGGUUUGUCCUUCAGCCGUCCUGGGAUUUCAACCUGGUGAAGCAUUCACUGUUCGUAACAUUGCAAAUUUAGUACCUCCAUAUAAGUCUGGACCUACUGAGACAAAAGCUGCUCUCCAGUUCUCUGUGAAUACUCUUGAAGUGGAGAACAUCUUAGUUAUUGGUCAUAGCCGCUGUGGUGGAAUUCAAGCUUUAAUGGGCAUGGAAGAAGUAGAUUCCAGAAGUUUCAUACAUAACUGGGUAAUCGUGGGGAAAAAGGCAAAGGAAAGCACAAAAGCUGUUGCUUCAAACCUCCAUUUUGAUCAUCAGUGUCAACAUUGUGAAAAGACGUCGAUUAAUCAUUCAUUAGAAAGACUGCUUGGUUAUCCGUGGAUAGAAGAGAAAGUGCUGAAGGGAUCACUGUCCCUCCAUGGUGGGUACUAUGAUUUUGUGAACUGUACAUUUGAGAAAUGGACCGUUGAUUAUGGAGGAAGCAGAGGCAAGAAAGAAAGCACUGGGAUUGCUGUUAAAAACCGGUCUGUUUGGUGAUGACUAAUGACCAUCUCCAUAAUUUUGUUGCAGUUGUUGUGUGUUGAAAAGAUCAUUUCGUAAUGCUACUACGUCUCAUAAAGGUUUAACUUUGGGAGAUCCCUGCAGGCGGGGACUUGCGUUUGUUUUAUCAUUUAUAUGGCUUGUGAAUUCAUGUUUCUACGUUUUUGUCCAUUGUAGUGGGAUUAGAGGUAUACAAUCAUACAAUCAAUAUUCAAUACAGUUUUAUAUA